UGUUUAUAUGGCGAUUUUGUUUAAACGGGUUUUUAAUUUUUAAAUUUCGAAAAUGAGAAAUCGAUAAAAAUAAUAUAAUACUGACUUUGGAAGAGCCGAGCAAUCGGAGGAGGCAUUGCCGAUUUGAACGAUCAAAAACAAUAUUUUCAGCUUUAAAAUAAUCUCCAGGACCCAUAAAGGACGAUGUUCUACGCAGGCUUACGUGUUUGAUGAUUUACCCUAAGGGUGGGCUACCAUGACACGGUUCAUAUAGCGAACCUCUGCUCAACAUAUGAGUUGACCUGGCUAAUAAAUGGAAAUAGAUUUUGAACUGCAACCAUCGGUCGUUAAGAUCAGGUGAUAAAGCGCCUUGUAUAUGUUGGCAUGUGGAACCAGUUAUGGCUGCUUUGGCGAGAGAUUAUUUGCUCUCGAUCCGAACAGACUAAAAAUAAGACCCAGGCAAUCCGAUGCCAUAGCAUGCCACGAAGACGUAGCUCGAUCGCCGGGGAGAGGUGGGUUUCGAGCGCGAGAGAGGCGAAAGAGCGAAACUUCUCGGAGCGCUCGCGAAGAUCCGGUUUUCGGUCUCGGAGAGCGUCGGAGAGUCGGGAUCGUUCUUUUCGCCCCGCAUGUGCAUGCUACAUACGGUUCAUUCCUCGAUUUGCAAUCGCUCUGGAAACUCUGAAAACGUGGUGCCGCAGGUUUCGCGUGCUUAAUGUGCCCAAAAAAGCGCUGCAUAUUUGUGCAAGACCAACUCCUAUGGCAUAAACAGUGACUAAGAGACUUCGUCAUUUCAAGAGUAUCAUCGGAGAGCACGCUAAGAGAGAGUGGCGAAGAGCGCACCGCAGCACAGAAACCUGUAUGUGUGAGAGAGGAAAUGUACUCUGACAAUGACGAGGGGCACGAACAUUCCACUGGAGCGCAGCGCAUUCGGAACGUGUUGACUCUGGAGGAGCGGGUGGCCGCCAUCCGGCAGUAUGACAUAGUGCCGAUGUACAGCAAGAUUGCGCGCAACUUCAACUGCAGCUGGGAGCAGAUCAAGAGCAUAAUGUCCAACCGGGAGGCGAUCCUGGAGUUCCACGAGGCCACCAACCGCCUGAGCCAGCCGGCCAGCAAGGAUGCCGAGCUGCGCCGGCGCAAGCUGAACUUCCUGGGCCACUGCCUGUACGAGUACAUCCAGAGGGCCCAGUUCUAUCUGCACAGCGACAUCAACGAGGAGAUGAUCCGCAACCGGGCGAUCGAGUUCCGGGACCUCAUGCGACUCGACGGCUUUGUGCCGAACAAGCCGUGGAUCAACCACUUCAAGGCCGCCUACAAUAUAACCCUUUCGAAUCGCCAGAUCACCAUAACCCGCCGUCCGCCGCGGUCGAUGGACUUGCGGGACAUUAUGUCCUACUGCGGGCGACACACCUCCAUGGCCUGCAGUCUGGCGCCCAGAUCUCCGGAACCCUCGGCCACUACGAGCCUUGACGUCCAGAGGCUCGCCGAUCGACCUCUGUACCGCACCAAGACCCUGGUCACCACGUCCACCCAGAACCAGGCCACCUCGGAUGAAGUGCAGCUGCGACGCAAGCGAAAGAUCGCGUUCCUGGAGAAGUGCAUGUACGAGUACAUCCAGCGGUCCCAGCUGCACAACAAGGGUCGCCUAGACAUCGACAACCUGCGAUCGGUGGCCAUCAGUCUGAGGGACAUCCUGAAGAUUGAGAGUUUCUUCCCCGACAAGGUGUGGUUCAAGCAUUUCAAAAGUCGCUAUAACUUCACCUUCUCGGUGGGUGUUCCGGUGACCAAUCGCCGAGUUCCGCUCUCCCUGGACCUGCGCGACAUAGUGAGUUACUGCAGUCGCAAUGAACACAAGAUCACCCUGGCCCACAAGAAGACACAGGAGCAGCUGAGAGCUGGCUUUGUCCACUUGCCACGGGUGGAACCGAAGAACGAGGAGUCGGAGCCAGAAGACGACGACGAUUGCGUGGCCAUAGAGGUGCCACCUGAACUCAUUGAAAUUAACGACGAUGAGGAUAAUGAGGACAAUGAUAGAAAUGUCGACUCCCCGGGGAGGGCCACCAAACGAAAGUUGGAGCAGGAUGAAGAGCCUGCGCCCUGUGAGUUGAAAAUUCAAAAGAUUCAAUCGCUCAGUGAGCCAUUUUCUGGGGAGACGGAACUGCCACAGCCUAAUAGUCCCGGGCAUUAUUCGGAGACCAGCGAUGAGGCCCAUCUGCCGCGCUGCGUGGAGAGCUACAAGGAUGCACUGCGUCUGCUAAAGCCCCUGGAGGAGUUCGCCCUGAUGGAGGAGAACUACCGCGCCAUCGGCCUGCUCACCCAGCUGGAGAAGAUCUUCGAGACUGGGGCAAAGAAGAACGGGGAACAGAACAAGUCCAUGGAAUAGAAACCCAACCAAAUACUUGUGCCUUAAGUCUAAGAACUUGAAAAGUAUUCAAUUAUGUUAAACUUUGAUGUGAAGUGUGAAGGGUUUGUCAUUACAAAAAAGGCAAAAAGGUCACUUAAAUAUAAUGUUAUUCCUUUAAGUUAAAGAAAUUAGUUUACCCAGGAUGCUGACUAUGCUUUUCGUCAAAAAAAUUAAUUCCUUUAUAUUAAAAAACUUAAUUUACAACGAGUCUCAACUUGUAUUUUAUAGGUGUAUAGUUUAAAGCACAUAUCUAAUAUAACACCUUAGAAGUAAAAAUUGAGGUCCAACUUUUAUGCUGAUUUAACUAUUUUUACUUUCCUUUCCUUUCUUGUAUAUGUACUGGAAAAUAAAAUCUUUGAUAUGGAUUGUCAAGGUAUUA